UGUGUCCUCGUCGUCCUCGGCCUCCUCUACAAACACACAAACAAACAAACAGGCCUAGCCAGCCCUAAAUCGCCAUAGCCAGGUUCUUCGUAGCAGCAGCAGCCGCUAGUCAGUCUCCUCCGCCAUUCUCAGCCACCAGUCGUCUGUGUCGCGACACGGACACCACCCAUCGUCUGCUGGCGCUUUUGCUUCAGUUGCUCCAUCAUUCCUCACCGUCACGCGUCGGCUAAAAUGCAUCAUUAAUAGGUGCCGUUGAUCUUUAGUUAAUUGCGAUAAUAAUUCUGGUAGGUUUUUGAACGAGCAUGGAAGUUUCGUUCCUUAUGGCAGCUGUUUCAAGAUUUGAUCUCAUGAUUUAAGCUCUUAGAGUUGUAUACAUCCACUUCGGUGCCUCAAAAAUGCCAUCGCUGCACACUUUUUGGAAGCUGAAAGCCAGUCUAAAAUCAACUUCCGGUUACAAGGGAGAACUGUUUCAAGGAGGACGAGUCAAGCCCCUGUUCGGUAAAGGGUCGCCCAGUGCUCGAAAUACUAAACCGUCGGUGACAGGCUCUUCUACUACUCCUGGUGGCUACCAACCCUCUCGGCACCCUUUUGUUCCUUCCUUCUUCUCGAAGUUCUUUUCGAGCAGCCGAACACCCUCAGCAGAUCACAAUCCUGCGAGUUUUGAUUCCAGCAAACAACAGGCUCUUACGGCCUCUGAAGCCGUCUCUCGCGUGUUUGCUACUCCAUCAGUCCAUGGACCUUUGUUGAAUAGUAGUAGUUGUAACGCUCUCGAGACCGCAAGAGAGGCCAGCUGCAGCAGUCUACAGGAGCUAUCGGAGACGGGGCUAUAUUUGCUGACUGGCCAACUUUCUGGGGGUGUUCCUUCGCAGAAAAGAGAUAGGAAAGUGCCUAAGCAGGUCGUAACUUCAUUAUCCUCCGGACCGCAGAAUGUAUGGAAAGAGCAAAGAGUGUGCGACGGAGGCAUUACCACAGACACGACUGGAUCUGUGGGGAACGAAGCUUUUAUUCCCAGUUUAAGAAAAAUUGUUUCACCAGAUAGCCGUGCACUGGUUGCACGGAGCUUUGAUGGAUUGGAUGAAGGACACGGUGGCCCCGAUUUGCAGGAAGUAGAUGUUGGGACUGUCUCCCUUCUUCACUGUGCGCCCCUCGACAAAUCCACGAGACACAUUUCAUUGGCUUUCCGGAAGUCGUUUUAUCACUCAAUUGCCCGUCAUUUAUUCCACCCUAGGAUGUCUCUGUUUGUCGAAGAACAUGUACAUGUCAAAUCCAUGUCUAAUCCGAGAUUGGCGAGUACUGAGUCUCCUGGUUCGGUAGUUGAUGGGCCCCACGAAAUUGAUUAUACCAAGGACCAACCAAGAAAUUUGGACGACGAAGGAGUUCAGAACCGAAGUCUCCGGUUACUUUCUGGUGCGUGCUGUCUACCACAUCCAAAGAAAGUGAAAACUGGAGGAGAAGAUGCGUACUUUAUAUGUUCGGAGGAACAGGUAGUGGGGGUAGCAGACGGAGUUGGAGGUUGGGCUGAUGUUGGAGUUGACGCUGGUGAUUAUGCCAGGGAGCUUAUGUUACAGUCAAGGAUAGCGGUUGCUCAGGAGCCGCAUGGGUACAUAGAUCCAGCUCGCGUCAUGUUUCGGGCUCAUGCAAGGACGAAAUGCCCUGGUUCAUCCACGGCAUGUAUUCUUGCUCUCUCUGAUUACGGGUUGCAAGCUGCUAAUCUUGGAGAUAGUGGAUUUAUGUUGAUGAGAAAUGGUCGAACCGUUUUCAAGUCUCCAGUUCAACAGCACCAAUUUAAUAUCCCUUUUCAAUUGGAAAGUGGUGGCAGUGAUCCUCCUAGUGCUGCUGAGGUAUUCUCUUUGCAAGUUGCCGCAGGGGAUGUACUUGUUGCAGGUACGGAUGGGCUGUUUGACAAUUUGUACGAUAAUGAGUUGGUGGGAGUUGUUAUCCAUUCUACACGUGCUGGGUUAGAUCCCCAGGUUACGGCCGAAAAGAUUGUUGCUCUUGCAAGGGAGCGAGCCGAGGAUCGGAACAGGCAAACUCCUUUCUCGACUGCUGCUCAAGAGGCUGGGUUUAGGUUCUAUGGAGGCAAAAUGGAUGACAUUACUGUCGUUGUAUCUUAUAUUACUAACAAUAAGUCGGGUUUUAAAAAUCCUGUCUCAAAAUUAUGAUAGGAAUUUAGUAGGUUGUACUCAGGAGCAAUGUAAGUUUCACCAGUAAUGGUACCAGAUCAUCCUCUGAAGCGAGACUGGUGAUCUGGACAUAUUGUAUAUCCUCAGGGAAUUCUAAAACAGUUUGCCUUAUUUAGUGUUCCUAGUA